AUGGCACAUCUGUUCUUGACAGAACUCAGGGUUGUUCAAUUAACACAUGCGCUCUCUCAGACCAUUCUUCAGUUUCAAUUGAAUUUUUACCACCUUAUUAUGACUCUUUGUCUAGACUUAAUCCAACUUUGCUUAACUGCUGAUGAUCGCGGCGCGGCUCUCCCUCCCGAGCAAGACGUAAUGUCAGUCAAUGACGAUGAUGCUGUUUCUGUGGCGGCCUCUGGCACUCAUUUCUGUGAGGACCUGCCGGAGCUGGGCUCCGGGGCCUCUGGGUCGGACUCCUUUGCCUCCCAGGAGGAUACGACUGAAUCUGUGACAUCCGCUAUUCGAACGGCUCUUGCCCGUUUACAGAUUGGUGUUCCUCAGGCCCAGCCUACGGCUUCCAGCGCCUUCUUUAAGCGCAGUAGGUCAGAGACUGCCUUUAUGGUUCCUCCCUCGGCGGAGUAUGUGCAGGAACUCCAUGCUUGCUGGUCAGACACCAAGGCGCUUUCACGUCUGACGAUGGAUGGCAGGGUCCUGGCAGCUAUGCAGGAGGCACCCAAGGUUGGCUUGGGGCAGAUGCCAGCGGUGGAACCGGGCAUUGCCUCUCUUAUUAUCCCACCCGAUGAGGCUUUGCGGCCCAAUGCCCGUUGUCCGCGUCCUCAGUGCCGUAUUACUGAUGACCUUCUCUGCAAGGCCUAUGACUCUGGGGCCCGCAUGGGCCGGAUUGGGAACUCUAUCCCAUCUUAUGCUGGCCCUGUCUUCCUCCUUGGAAUCUGUUCCACUGGAUCAUGCCACGCAAGGCCUGGGAACUUGGACGCACACUGUCCACACUGGUUCACGCUCGCCGCCAGGUCUGGCUGGCGCAGUCACCGCUUACUGAGCCUUGUAGGAGGACCCUCCGGGCCCUGCCUGUGGUUCCGGGGGAACUUUUUGGUUCUGCGGCACUGGACGCCUUGGACCGUACAGCUCAGGCUUCCAGGACGAGGCGACAGCUGGCAGGGCUUCACAGACGUGAUCGCCAGCCAGUCAGCACCUGGGCGGCUGCGGGUCCCUCACGGAGGUCCUCAGGGCCUUCUCCUUCUUCCACUGAGCCCCAGAGGCUGGUACCAGGUCAGGGAUCGGUCCAGAGACCUGCUCCAGAUCGGAGAAACAGAGCUCGAGACCAAGCUGGGACGAGGUCCUUUCAUCCCUUUCGAGCCACGCAGUCUGGCCGGCGUCCUCCCGGGCCUUCGAAGGGCCGGGGGGCCCGCAGGUCAGGCACUUUCCAAGCAGCGACUUGCACACUGGGUGGUGGAUGUGAUCUCCAAGGCUUAUGCCUCGCAGGACCGGCCACUGCCGGCAGGAGUGAAGUGCCACUCUACAAGGGGCAUGUCGACGUCGUUUGCUGCCAUGACUGGGGUGCCAUUGGAUGUUAUAUGCCGUGCGGCCUCCUGGAAAUCACCUAGUACCUUUACUCGGUUCUACAGGCGUGAGUGUCGCUGGGUAGCGCAUGUUGAAGCGGAUGUCCUUGUCAAUCAAAGCUCGGCAAGUAGCGUUAAAUCCCCUCCGCUUCUCACGGACUGCAUAAGAGAAAUCCUGGUGUAUAAAGAUCCGCUGUCCCUCGUAGUCAAGCUCGGGAGUCGCCCUCACUGCCGCCAUGACGCGCUGCUUGUCCCAGGGGUUGUGGAGCUUGAUGAUGACCGGUCUGGGACGUGUGCUCCGCGGGCCCAGGCCCCUGUGUGCGCGGUCUACUUUGAUACAAACUUUACCCGCGGAGCUGUUCCCCAGGCCGAGCGUAGCAGGCAGACAGGCUUCGAAAAACUGGAUAGGGCUCUGACCCUCCGCGCCUUCUUUCAGAUUAAUAAUUUGGAUGUUAUCCCGCUUGCUCCUGUUCUCCAUAUCAUCCAAUCCCUUGACCAUGGUCUUAAUUUUCUCUUCGGCUUC